GCCGCGUUCCUCUACCGCACACCUCCCUUUUCCCCUCCCUCUGGCCUCAGCGCCGCGCUGGCGGGGCCGGAGAGGGCAGGCGGCGCGGGAAGGCGGCGCUCCUAGCAUGGACGGGCCAUGUGUAUCCUAAGGAAUAACAGCAGCUGCUGCGCCCACGAUGGGGAGCAGAGGAAUGCGAGGAGGAGAGGGCUCGCUGGGGCAGAAUCAAAGAACCUGUGUGUGACAUCGUCAUGAAUGAGAGAAGAAAGUAAUACAGUGUUGGAGGUGCCUGUUUGCUGCCACUGUUUAGAGGGAAAAUGAUGCAUUAUGGGGACUCACUCGAAGGGAGUGAAUGAGAUGAACUGUUUGGGUUAUAGUAUCUGAAAGGCUAAAUUAUUCUCUUGGAGAGACGUUCUAAAUGAGCCUGACCGAGAUCCUGGAUCUGUGUGAAGAGGACUAAGGAUAUAGGAUGUCAACUGAGACAGAACUUCAAGUGGCUGUUAAAACCAGCACAAAGAAAGACUCCAAAAAGAAAGGUCAGGAUCGCAGCGAAGCCACUUUGAUAAAGAGGUUCAAAGGUGACGGUGUCCGCUACAAGGCCAAGCUGAUCGGGAUCGAUGAGGUUUCUGCUGCCCGAGGGGACAAGUUAUGCCAGGACUCCAUGAUGAAGCUCAAGGGAAUUGUUGCUGCGGCUCGAUCAAAAGGAGAACAUAAACAAAAAGUCUUCUUAACAGUUUCCUUUGGGGGAAUCAAAAUCUUUGAUGAAAAGACAGGGCUACUCCAGCAUCACCACGCAGUUCAUGAAAUUUCCUACAUUGCAAAGGAUAUCACAGACCACCGAGCAUUUGGAUACGUGUGUGGAAAGGAGGGAAAUCAUAGAUUUGUGGCAAUAAAAACAGCCCAGGCAGCUGAACCUGUAAUCCUGGACUUACGAGACCUGUUUCAGCUCAUCUACGAACUGAAACAAAGGGAAGAAAUGGAAAAAAAGGCACAAAAGGACAAACAGUGUGAGCAGGCGGUAUACCAGGUUCCUACCAGCCAAAAGAAGGAAGGUGUUUAUGAUGUGCCAAAAAGUCAACCUGUAAGUCUGGAGAAUGGAAACUUAUUGCUGGACAUUGAUGAAAAUCUUGUUUCAGUCACUCAGGCUGUUACCCAACUAGAGCUUUUUGGGGACAUGUCCACUCCUCCUGAUGUAACCUCUCCCCCAACUCCUGCUACUCCAGGUGAUGCCUUUAUCCCAUCUUCAUCCCAGUCACUCCCUGCUAGUACAGACAUGUUUGGUUCUGUACCUUUCAGCACUGCUGCCGUACCCUCAGGUUAUGUUGCCAUGGGAGCUGUCCUGCCCUCCUUCUGGGGACAGCAACCCCUUGUUCAGCAGCAGUUGGCCAUGGGUGCCCAGCCUCCAGUCGCUCAGGUGAUGCAGGGAGGACAGCCCAUCGCGUGGGGCCAGCCCGGCAUCUUUCCUCCCACCCAGCAGCCGUGGCCAUCCGUGGCUGGCCAGUUCCAGCCCACUGCCUUCAUGCCAACACAAACUGUUUUGCCUUUACAAGCAGCCAUGUUUCAAGGUACCAUUGCUCCUAUAGCCACCGUCCCACCCACGAGCGAUUCCAACAGAUCGAGUCCGCAGACAGACAGGCCCAGACAGAAAAUGGGAAAAGAAAUGUUCAAAGAUUUCCAGAUGGCUCAGCCUCCGCCAGUGCCAUCAAGAAAACCAGAUCAGCCUUCCCUCAGUUGUACCUCAGAGGCCUUCUCAAGUUACUUUAACAAAGUUGGGAUGGCACAGGAAGCAGAUGAUUGUGAUGACUUUGACAUCUCUCAGUUAAAUUUGACUCCUGUGACUUCCACGACACCAUCUACAAAUUCACCUCCAACCCCUGCACCCAGACAGAGUUCUCCAUCAAAAUCAUCAGCAUCUCAUACGAGUGACCCUGCUGCAGAGGACCUCUUUGAAGAGGGGUUUGAAAGCCCAAGCAAAAGUGAGGAGCCAGAGGCUCCUGAUGGGUCUCAGGCCUCCUCCAACAGUGAUCCCUUUGGUGAGCCAGCUGGUGAUACUAUAAGUCCACAGGUCGGUAGCUAGAUAGCACAGGUUGGGGAAGCAGAACCUCUCUACGCGCAGAUUAACAGACCUAAGAAAUAGCAUUGUUACAGGCUUGUGGUGCUCCAAGACUCAAACGAAACCCAACAACCUGGCGGGCCUUUGGCUUUCGUGCUUUUUUCCGAUUGAUUUUGUCUGACAAAGGAGAGAGAGUUUGCCCUCCUGGACUGGCUCUGCGAGUAUUCCUGAUGUGUUUUUUUGGCAACCAAUGGCAGAUUCCUAUGGCAGCACAAAACAAAAGCUCUCCCUGCUUCUCACACCACGAGUGCAGCCCCAUCCCCACAAGUGGUGGGUAUCCAGACUAGGAAAUCCUACUCCUCGGUCUUCUUUUAAACGUUUGUCACCUUCUGUGUGCCACCUAUAAAUAAUGAGCAUCUGAAAUCUAUUGGGUGUUAGACAUUCCUUUUUUUUCUUUUCAGCAAAAAGCAGAGUUUGUAUGUAGCAGUGGCAUUAUCAUUCAACAGCCUUUGGGGCACGAGUCGGCACUUUUUAUGUCAUGGUGACAUGUUUUUCAUCUUCAUUUACAUCAGGCUGAUCCUGACCCUUUUUUUUUUUUUUACCCUAUGUAGACAUAUUUAAACAACAAUAACAAAAUACUGGUGGUGUCUUUUUUUUUUUUUUUAAUGUAUUUCUUACUCUGUAGUUUUGUAUGAGUAUGAUCUAACAGUGAAACGCCUCCAGCGGAAAUGAUUCCCAACUUGAAGCCACAGAACAGAACUCGAUUGUUCAUCCAUCCUUGACUGAAAAUGUUGCCAAAUGGACCUUUAAGUUCUAGCACAUCAUGAGGAAGAAAUGCUGCUUUCUGUUGGAAUACUCCUGUUGUGGGUAGAGAAAGGACAGCGAGUCCCACUGAGGAAAGACAAAAGAGUCAGUAUUUCCUAGGAAACUCUAAACAAAAGUGCAGAAAAGGAAUAUUUUUAUUUCUUCAAUAUCUUGCUGCUGUAAUGCUAUGCAGACAAGUGUUUUCUUCUCUGUGUGCCAUUUUUGAUGAAAAAAAAAAUCAUUUGCCAAAUAAUACUGGUAUGCUUCUGGUUUAGGAGUUUGGAUGAAGCGGACUUGACAAAUGGGACAAGGACGGCAUGGAUUUUGGAAUAACAAACUGACUCUGUGAUCAAAAUUGUUCAUCUUUAUCACUUUUUGUACAUCAGAAAAAAAAUCAAAUGGGAUUUUUAUUUUAUAACUUGAAAAAAAAAUCUUACUGUUAAACUCUUUAAAUGUUUAAGGGGAAAUGGCUUUAAGGAGUUCGAAUGAAAAUUGCCAUUUUUUUUUGUAAAUAUAAAUGUUAUGAAAAUUCUUUUACUAAUGCCAUUACACAGUAGAGAAGGUAGCAAGUUGCAGUGCUUGGGAGGUGUGGCAAACCCAGUUUGUGGUUCUCACAUCACAUAUGUUUUUUCACAUGCUUAACAAUAAUGGGCUGAAGCUCAAGUGCAUUUGCCAAAAGCAGUCAGCUUGUCAGCAACUAGUGAAAUUAAUGGGAACACAUGAUUUUGUGGUCUAGCAUUAUCACACGGACAUAAUUCCACUUACAAGAGAUCACUUUCCAUUGACAUUCCUUUGAACCUCUGCAUAGAAGUCAUCCAACUGUUUACACGCAGAACAAAAAGAAUUUAAAACUUCCUUUUUUUACAUUUAUGAAGCAAAAAGUGCAGUGUUUGGGUUCAUAUGUUUAGCACAUGAUUUUCAUAAAGAAUCUAUAUAUUUUUGCCCUACAGAGAAUUGUUAUACAGGUCAAAUGUGUUUUCCUGAUGUUCCUAUGCAGUUACAGUAUAUUGAAUUUACUGGUUUAAGACAAAAAAGAAAAAAAAAGAAGAAAAAAAAAAAAGGAAAAAAGGUUAAAGAAAUCAAAGGAUUAAUCAGUUUUAAGGUAAUUGUGCAGAUUUUGUUUUUAAAUUUACACAUUAGGAUUUACAUUUUUGUCAUGAUUAAAAUAGGCCUGGAGUUAUAAAUGUUUUACUUUCUUUCAUCUCUAUUAUAAGCUAAAAAUGGUUUAGAAGGCAGAAUAACUGGGGUGGUGAUUGUUGGUAUGUGCAACCAAAUCUCACAACAUGAUCCCAUUCUUUUCUUUUGAAUUAGAGAAAUUAGAGAAAUGUGCAUUGCAGAAUGUAUGUGAAUGAGAAAUUAGCUGUGAAUAGACCUAAUGAACCUGCAGAGAGGAGAAUUUGAUCCCCAUCCACGGUCAUUUGAUGCUUGUUCCUUAGUCAUGUCCAAACAGCUUCCUAGCAAAUCUUGGUUUCCCAUUGGAAGAUCAAGUUUUCUAACUGGAGGAGAUCAUUUGAAACUUGGUGGAUCGAGUGUUUCAGGAUUAAAAGCAGAGGUAAAAGCGUUUCUGGAGGACACUUCUGUCAGAAUAUUUUCCUGAUUUGCACAGUGGUGCUACUUUCUUCCUCAGCAGCUUUUUUUUUGGGUUUUGUCCUGCCCAUGGAACCACAAACCCAGUUUUGGUUCGUCACAGACAUUGGAGGUUUAGUGUCAUCAGUGCAUUUCCAGUUAUGGGGUGAAACACAGAGGAGAGAAGAGAUUGCUGUCUCAGAGGAUUGCUUGGUAGGAAGCAGAUCACUCACGGAUAGGUGCCGAGGGAAUGAGGCUGGAAUUCUGGUGUCUCUGGACCAUCACCACGGACCUUUGUCUUACUUUUGCUCACAAAUAAAAACAGAUUCUGGAUUGUCUCGUCCUGUGAUCGUCCUUGUCGUGGCUGGGAUGCUGAGCUGAGAGGGCUGCAGGGCCUCUGCACUGUACCAGUAUUGUAGAUAACUCCAAUAUCCAGCUUGUGCAAUUGUUUAAUCCCUCAUCCUUCACUAGCACUAAAUUUGUCACUUUAAAUUUACAAACCAGGGAACCCCACCAGCCAUCCUGUUACCAUCCCCCCCGUAGGUUCUUGAUCUUUACCUGUCAUGAAAAGAUAUUUUGAUAGAUCGUAGUCAUCCAAGUGUCUGAUGAAACCUUUCAUCUCAAUAACGUACUGGGCACCUUCUUUGCAAAAAUGUUUACUCCGUGGUUUUCAUUCAGUUUUAUUUCUGCAUUCUGGCACUUACUUUUUUAAUAAAGAUGAGAAAGAUAAAAUGACUGUUGCAGUACAUUUCUAAACCUACUUUAACUUUACCUCAGAUAACGACCAUUUGUUAAGAUAUUAUUUUUAACUUUAUGUGUAAUGCAUUCAGCAACAACAACAGAAACCAACAAAUUUUUAGAGAUUUUCCAUUAAUUUCUGUAACACACCAUGUAAUACUGUUAUGAAUAAAAACAUUAAAAAAAGGUG